AUGGUGGAACAUAUGCUAACCCAGUGUGCUUGGACUAGACCAGUUUGGAUUGGCAGCAACUUGAUCUCUAAGGUAUCCCCUGAGAAAUGCCCAUCUAUGUUGAUUUGGUCUUCUGGUAUCACUGACAAGUGCUCCAGUCUCAAAGAAGCCUCAGAGGUGAUUAGUAAGUUGGCUUUCCAAGCUUGGCACAUUUGGAAGGAAAGAAAUGACUUCGUGUUCGAUCAUCUGGAGGUAAACCCUCUGUCUACUGUGGUUAGAGCUUCAAAGGCUCAAACUGAAUUUGAAUUACUCUCGGCUAUUCAGAGAGAGGUUUUGGAACACAGUGAUGCUCCCCCUUCUGCCAGUCUGGCCUGGAGAAAACCAAUCCCUGGUAGCCUGAAAAUUAAUUGUGAUGUCGCUAUUCCCCUGGGUAGUGAAAAAGGUACAGCAGCAAUGGUGGUCCGUAAUGAAGUAGGUGAGCUGGUUGAUGGUUCGACCGCUACCUUUCCAGUCUCUUCGGUUUUACAGGGAGAGCUAGAAGCGAUUACGAGGGCGCGUUACAUGGUUGAAGGCCUAAAAGUUAGCCCAGUCAUGAUUGAAUCGGACAACAGGAGGGUCAUUGAACUCUGUCUCAAAACUCGUGCUCCCAUGGCCCCAUGGGAAGUUUUUGAAAUAGUAAUGGACAUAAGGAAGCUGAUGAAGCAGAAGAAUUUGAAGGUGGAAUGGGUGAAGAGAUCGGGCAACAAGAUUGCUCACCAAGUGGCAGCAUGGGCAUCAAAAGGACAACUUCAACCUGACUGGAAGAAUUUGAAGGUGGAAUGGGUGAAGAGAUUGGGGAACAAGAUUGCUCACCAAGUGACAGCAUGGGCAUCAAAAGGACAACUUCAACCUGACUGGCCCUGA